AUGAAAACGCUGGUCCAGGCGUUUCAGGCGGUGCCCGACCCCAUGGCGCGCUACAAGCAGCUGCUGUUCUUCGCCACCAAGCUGCAGCCCUUCCCUGUGGAGGAGCACACAGAGGAGAACAAGGUCAAGGGCUGCGUGAGCCAGGUCUGGGUGAUUGCGGAGCUGCGGGAUGACAAGAUUUACUGGAAAGCAGACUCCGACUCGCAGCUGACCAAGGGCUUGGCGGCGCUGCUGGUACAGGGCCUGAGCGGGUGCACCCCGCAGGAAAUUGUGCGGAUGCCGCCCGACUUCAUCGCCCAGCUGGGCCUGCAGCAGAGCCUGACGCCGUCACGCAACAACGGCUUCCUCAACAUGUUCAAGCUGAUGCAGAAGAAAGCGCUGGACAUGUACAUGCAGCAGCAGGCGGGCAGCGACAGCGAGGGCAUGGCAGCCAGCGCCAGCAGCGGCGGCGAUGGGGCGGCCGGCGCCGGCACGGCGGAGCAGCAGCAGGGCAGCAGCAACGGCAAUGGCAACGGCAACAACAGCGAGGCCAGCGCCACGCCCGUGGCAGACAGCAUCCAGCGCAAGCUGCGGGAGGAGCUGCAGCCGCUGCGGCUGGAGGUUGUGGACAACUCGCACCAGCACGCGGGGCACGGGGGCUACCGCGGCAGCGCCACAUACAGCGGCGAGACGCACUUCAACGUGGAGGUUGUGUCUGCUCGGUUCGAGGGGCUGACCAGCAUCAAGCGGCACCGCCUGGUGUACCAGAUCCUGGACGACGAGCUGCGCAGCCCGGUGCACGCGCUGUCGCUCAUCACCAAGACGCCGGCAGAGGCGGGCAUGGCGUGA